AUCAUAAUAUUGUUUCUGUGAGAUUGAAUGUGGUUGCGCGAUUGUUGCGUCGUUCAGCCUGUUUCAUUAUAGCUCCGAGUUGCGCUACUCGCUCGCUUCCUCACCAUCGCAUCUCAAUCGCGUUUUUCGGCCAAUCAGUGCGCCCGUCAAAAGAAUUCUAGGCCUCAAAAGUCUGAACACGCCAGCAACUUUCCAAAAGAUUUUGACAAUGAGCUGCGCUUGUGUUCAAUUAAAUCUCGAAGAUCACUAUGGCUUUUAGUUUCUCAUUCGCCGGAGAUGAUAUUGAGCAGGAGCUCGACAACGAAAUCGAGCAGGUUGUUAGCCCUGAAAUUGCCCAGGUGUUUCCGACAGAGAACGCAAAUGGAAAUAGGCAAGAAAAUGCACUUGGGAAUGCAGCAAUGGCCGUUCCUUUAGAGCCAAAUUUGCUGAAUCUUGAAGAGCUGUACCAAUCAUUGCCUGAUAGAAUAUUAUACAGCGUAUUAGAGCUUCGGACAGCUGCCGGUCGCACCAUUAAACUUCCUCGAAGGGAGCUUUUUGAUGUCCGUGUCCAACUUAUUGCUGAGGAUUCCCACGGCCAAGGGGCCGAUUUGACCGGACUUGGUAAUGAUGAUAUCAAAAAGAACGUGUACGAAGGCGGCUAUAAAAGUUGGGAGUGCUCCGAAGACCUAGCAAAAAUUCUUCGAGACGAGUACGAAGGAGAGGAAGGUGGGGUCGGAACUGAGGAACUGCAUUGCAUUGAGUUGGGCUGCGGCACUGCUUUACCUUCGCUUGCACUUUUCCAGAUGGCAUUAAGCAAAAGCCGUGCCAACACGCGUUUUACACUUGCAGAUUACAAUGCGGAAGUGCUACGAUUAGUGACAAUUCCGAACCUGCUUUUGUCAUGGGCAGUUGUCACAGAACGUCUUGAUGCGUCUAAGCCAGAGGACGAGCUUGACAUAUCGCCUGAAAUGAUCACAGCUUUUUUCGAUGAUCUCAAGGAAAAGGACAUAUCAAUACGGACUAUCUCUGGCAGCUGGGGCAACGAGUUCCUCAAUCUAGUAUCACCGGAAGGCAAUCUUGGUCGAGUUUUGGUUCUGGCAAGCGAGACUAUCUAUUCUCCCGAGAGCCUUGUCCCUUUCACUAAAGUUCUUCUUGACAUUCUCUCACAAUCGCAACGGCCGAGAGCUUAUGUUGCGGCAAAGAGAAUGUACUUCGGUGUUGGCGGUGGUGUGGAGGAGUUCAAGAACGUGUUGGCCAAGAUGGGAGGCUCCGCGCAAGAGGUGGAGCUGGAUGUGGCUGGGCGGGGUGUCGCAAGAGCAGUCCUAGAUGUCUCUAAGUCUUGAUUUUUCUGGAUAUUUCUUGGGAUAUCGACCAGAUAAAGCUCUUUGUUGGGUCAUUCUGCCACUGGUGGGCAUCAUUGAGCUUUUCGCUCGGAAAAAUCCGUGAUUCAACCCCUCAAGGCCUUAAGAGUAAGGCUCUACCCUGACAGCUUGGUAAACGCCACUGUGAAUCGACAUGUCAAGGUUAUUCAAUGAUGGUCAGCGCAACAAGAGCCAUGUAUGGGGCACGAAUUGAACGAAAACCAGGCUUUAGGGUUC